AUUCAACACAACACAUUUUCUUCAUUUCACCCAACACAACACAAACAUAACACAAACACUUCUUCCUCUUCUUUCUUCAACUCUCUCUCUCUCUCUCUCUCUCUCACACACACACACACUCAUGUGAUGUUAUUAUUAUUGUUGUAGUUGUUGUUAUCAUUCAUUUAAUAGUCAAAACUCAUUACAAGUAAAGUUGCAAUUGAACUCUUUCACCAUCAUCUUCUCUUUUGCAUUAUAGCUGCUACCUUCCAAAUUAAUUACACACAAACAGAAAGAGAAAGAUCCAAUGGAGUAUGAGAGAAUAGAGAAACCUCAGACUGGAAUAAUUUCUCCCAGUAAACUGAGGAUGAAGUUAUUAGGGCCUAGGAAGAAGGAUGGAUCCAACAGUAACUCUUCUAGAACAUCCCCUUCCAGGAUUGAGGAUCCUGAAUUUGUCAAUAGCCUACUUUCCUCUAACGACUACAACCUUGAUUAUGAAGUUACAUCUCCAAGCUUAGAAGCUUUGUCAUCAAAGCCAUCGAGGGAUGCAGUCCUGGACCUGAGACUAAAGGAGGCAAUGCCUGGGGAAAAUGGUGACACAGGACAUGUAAAGAUGCAGCAUUUUCAUAAGGUUGACACUGGAAGUUCGAGCACAAUUCAUCCGGUGAGGACAACAGAAGAUGAAAAUCUUGAUUAUGACAGUCAAGCUAGCUCAUCUAGUUUCGAGUUUGACAAAGGAGAGAGACCAGUGAGCAAUCAUGUAAGUAGAUCCCUGUUGAGACCUAUUCCUUCUAAGUGGAAUGAUGCUGAGAAAUGGAUAAUGAAUAGGCAACAUAUACAAACUAGAAAGAACAGCAUACAAAGCCAAGCAAUUCGCUUGCCAACAAGUAUGGCAAGGGUUAUUCCAGAGUCCAGUAAUUUUGAUCAUAAGCUCCCGACAAGCAAGGUUACAGAAACAAAACGAGUUGAUUACUGUCAACCAACAUCACAUUCACAUAUGGCAUUCGAGAAAUUCUCUUUUGUUCCAUCCGAUGCUCAUUCGGUAUCUGGUCAAGCACAUGGAAAACUAUCUGUAGUGGAAUCUUUUCCCCAAAGCAGAGAUUUAAUGGAAGUAAAUGAAGCGGAUUCAUCUUGUACAACAAGUAUCGAUGACCAAACAGCAUUUCCCGGUAUAAGAUCUGUUGCCAUGAGAGAUAUGGGAACUGAGAUGACCCCAUUGCCAAGUCAAGAACCUUCGCAGACAACCACUCCUGUUGGGUCGGCAACUCCAAUUCGCAGCCCUACUUCAUCAAUGCCUUCAACUCCUAGGAGAGGUGCACCAGCUCCAACGCCUUUAGGCUACACAACCGAUGAGGAUCCACAGUUUCGAAAUGAAAACAGCCGAAAGCAAUUGUCCGAAGAAGAAAUGAAGAUAAAGACUAGGAGAGAGAUUGCAGCCCUUGGUAUGCAGCUUGGGAAAAUGAAUAUUGCAGCGUGGGCAAGUAAAGAUGACGAAGAAAGUAAAAAAGCUGGUCGCGACGCAGAUACUCAAGAACAAGAAAGAAUUGAAUUUGAAAAACGUGCUGCUUUGUGGGAGGAAGCUGAAAAAUCUAAACAUACUGCAAGAUUAAAGCGUGAGGAAAUCCAAAUUCAAGCAUGGGAAAGUCAGCAGAAGGCCAAAUUAGAAGCCGAAAUGAGAAGAACCGAGGCCAAAGUUGAGCAAAUGAGAGCGCAGACACAUGCAAAAAUGGUGAAAAAGAUUGCUAUGGCAAGGCAAAGGUCAGACGAAAAGCGUGCACAAGCUGAAGCUAGAAAAAAUAGAGAAGCAGAAAGAACUGCAGCUCAAGCAGAAUACAUACGCCAAACAGGGAAAAUGCCCUAUUCCAAUUACAUUAUGUGUUGUGGCUGGCUGUGAGAUAUAUGACAUUGCGGGUAGCGGAAAAUGCAUCUCAUUCCAAGAUUGCUUAUCUUAUUACCUUGCAGGAUAGGGUCGUAGAAAAAUUGCAUAUCUUCAUACCAUAACCUUGUAAUUUUCAAACACACCUGAGCGCAAGUUGCUUACAUAAUAGCGAUUUAUGAGUGACAAUAUUUUAAAGUUUGUAUUUUUCAUUUUUCAAGAGCUAAAUGAAUUGUUUGCUCUAAUAUAACAUUGCUGUUAAUAUAAAUGUACAAGGUAAACAAAGCCAAUGUCCCAGAAAUAUGGUGUAAAAGACUGCAGGGACAUUUUUAUUGC